AGACAACGGAAAAUGCGGAUAGACACUCAGAUCAUGUGGCUAAUAAUUGUGUUAUCCUCGCUCCCGGCAUCCACUACUGGCAAUCACUAUCGAACCCGCCGAAAGCCAAUGCAGACGGAGGACUCGGACCUGAUGAGGAGUAUCGCUGGUGGGCUCGGUGGCGGUGGUGCUGGUGAUGAAGAUGUGUGCGACAUGUCAGGAGAGGAUAGCACCUCGCCGGGAAAGAAGUUAACGCGAAACCAUACUAAUGCCAAACAGCGAUCCUCCGGAAUCGCCGUCCAGGCGGCCAACGAGGCUAAAAAGGCUAACGAUGAUAUGAAAAACGCCGUUAAGGAGGCCGCUGAUAAAAUCAAAAGCGAGUACGCAGACAAGGCAAACGCUGCGGCCAAAGCUGCCGAGGCAGUGCUGUUCGGAAAGAGUCAGGUGCUGGAGCAAUUGGAAGCGGAGGUCAGGGAGGCCGAAAUGGUGGUGCAGGAGGAAAACCAGGAGCUGAUCACCGCCGAGGCGAAUGCACAGCUCGCCAUCAAGACUCACCAAUUGGUCCAGCAGGAGCUCAAGACGCUGACCUUAAGCCUCAAGUUGGCCAAGGACAUCAAGGAUGCCUCAGAACAAGUGUACAUAGUGUGGCAACAAUCGCUCGCCGACAAGACGGCACUAUUAGAGGCUGCCCAGCGGCGUGUUAAUGUGCUAAUGCGGCAACUCUGCGAAGCUCGAUUGGACUACGAUAAGACCAAGAAGGCGGCACAAAGUGCCGCCAAAGCGGCCCAAGACGCCAAACAGCGUAUAGAGCAAUCGGAUUGUGAAAGCAGUUCUCGUGGCAGAAGGGGGCGACGAGCGUGGCUGGAGCACAAGGAGACCCAUUGAUAUACCAUAUAUUUCGCAUAUUACAAGAAAACACGAAUAAAUCGAAAUUUGAAUUUUAA